UCCCGGAGCUUUAAGUGGGCUCAUCUCUUUUAAGGUUGCAGCUAUCUCCUCCUUAUCGAUGUCUCUGCUCAUUCGAAUCAUCUCCUGAUUAUCAAUUGGUGGGAAGCAAUUUCUACAAUUGUAUUGGACCGACUCCGACAGUGGUGCUGCAUACAGGUUUUUCAAGAACUCAGUUGCUAUCUCUUAUAAGCCCUCCUGAUUUUCCACUAUCACACCAUCAUCUUUCUUCAAAGCAUUAAUUCGGUUUCGGCUUCUUCUCCUCUUGACGAAAGAAUCUCGUAUUCAAGUCCCCAUACAUCGUCCAGUUUCAAUUCGCCUUCUGCAGCCAUAAUACCUCUUCUUGCACAAGUAACUCAUCCAAUUCCUUAUUCAGGAUGACCUCCAAUUCAUCCAACUUUGCAGAAUUGUAGUUCUCCUGGGCUCAUUGGAUCCCACCCAACCUAGCAAGGAUUCUCUUCUUCCUUUGAAAGAUGUUGCCGAAGGUAUUGGUAUUCUACUUUUCUGCUUCCACCACAAAAUUGGAUGCUGCUUCCAUGAAAGUCUCCGUCGGAUGCCAACUCUCACAUACCCAUCUGUCAAAGUCAUCGUGCAGCAGCCACGACGCAAGAAACCCGAAGGGUUUCUUUCUCCCAUUCCUCCAAGACUGUUUUUUGCAUCUAACCAUAAUAGGAUUAUGGUCCGAUUCUACUCUGGUGAGAUGGAUUGAAAUCGCCUCCGGAAAACAGUCAUGCAAUUUUUCGUUGCACAAGAAACGAUCCAACUUCUUCAGCAACCCAACUCUUCUAUGUGUACUUUGAAAUAAUUGACGAAAGUUCCUGUAUCUCUUCCGCCAUUAUCCAGUUAACAAAAUGUUGACAAGCUGCAAGUUCCCUGAUUGAACCCCCCCCUUUCCGUUUCCCUCAUAAUACAGUUCAUAUCCCCACCCAUUAACCAAGGCUUUGAUAUCCCAGUAGCAAUUCGGCUUAACUCCGGCCACCAGACCUCUACGAAUGCUCUCCGUUGGGCUAGCAUAUAUAAAGGUUGCCAGAAAAGUCUCCUUGUCUCUGCAAAUUCUAGUAUGAAUGUAUUAAUGGUGGCAUUCUAGUACUUCCACCUCUAUUACUUCAUUCCACAACAACCAUACCCCCCUGAAAAGCCACUGGCCUCCACCCUAAACGAUCGUUGAAACCGCCGGCCAUGGAUAAAGUCAUCCGCCUCCUUUCCGCUUAUUGUAGGCUCUGAAACCGCUACUAAAUCUGGUCUAUUAACAUCGACCAUCAAGUCAAACUUCUUCUGAAACCUUUUAGAUUGUGCACCUUACACGUUCUAAGAAAUAAUGGUCGUAUUCAUUAAACGACUAUUAUUUUUGGGGCAAACACACCAUAUUGAUCACAGGAUACCGUCAUGCCAUCGGCGGCGCCUUCAACCAUCUGACAACUCUCCUCAACUGGGGGGAUACCCAUCGAAUCCGUUCCGUCAUUCACCAGCAACAUCUCCUCUAGUGGCUCCAGUGAGGAGCAACCGGCUGAUGAAUUAGAAAGACUCGGGUCAUCCUCCAUUCUGUCACCCAUGUUGGGGGUUUUGGUUUAAUCUUUACAGUUUGGUGUUUUUUUGGGUUAAGGGUCGGGGCUUGGAUAAUAUUGGGUCUAAAUUAUGGUUGGAUGACUUGGGAAAGGCUGAUACUUUCCAGGGUUUGGGCUUGUUGGGCAAGGUGGGCCAUUGUGUUUCCUGGAUGGGCUAUGUUUGAGGCUGAUGGGCUUUAGGUUAUCUGGUGGGUCUCAAGGCUGGCAUUUAUGGGCUGGCUGGGCUUGGAUUUACUCGAUUUGGGUUUGUUUUGGCUCUGACUGGGCACUUUUGACUUGGGUUCCACCGAGUCUACUGAUUUCCAAUCUUUACCCCUAGCUGACUUGUCACAUACACUUGAUUUCCUAGUUCUCAACACCCACUAUUGUGGGCCUGUACUUUCGUUUUUUUUCACUUUUGUCUGCUACUUUGCCCAUAUCAGCCACCGAAGUCAACUGAGGUCCCUCUUCUUCUUCGUGAAGUCCUUGUAAUGCGUCAAACCUCGAUGUCUGCACAACCUUGUUGAUGUCUGUAUUAUUCACGGGUGCUGUAUUUGUCUGCGACUUGGGUCUGCCACAUGCAGGCACUGGGAACCAUUCACCCUGGGAUUAGUGGGAUGCCCGCUGUUGCUCUUUUUCGCCGGAGCCACCGUCCAACUUCCACUAUGUUGGGGCUUCACCACCUUCGGUGUUUGGGUAGGAAAGUAGGGGCAAUUUCCGGCCUGAUGGCCUACCCGAUUGCAGAAUGCAUACAAAGGGGCAUGUUCUCGUACUCCACUCUCUGAAUUUCGCCUCUAAAAUCAAUCCGGGACACCAAAGGUUUGUCUAAUUCUACUUCCACUGCUAAUCUCGCAAAAAGGCCCCUUGUUCUCGCCGCCGUUUGGCCAUCAAUAUGCACCACCCUUCCUAAUGCUUUUCCAAUCCUCCUACAGAACACAUUGUUGUAGUAAUGAACAGGAAGUCCAGGAAGUUUUGCCCACACAAUCGUAGCCUUCAUCAUACUGGUUGCCGCAUCAAACAUAUUGUCCUAUGGCUGGACAUGCAGGUAUGUGUGUAAAAUAACCUAAGGCCCUUCUGUCAACACUCUAAUAAUAUCUUUCCUACUUCUGAAUUUAAUCAGAAAAUAGUCUCUGACCUGAUCCAUGAUGGCGAUGCAAUCCUUAAUCUGCCAUAGAUCUGGGAGCCAGUGGCAGAGUGUCUGCAGUGUUAUUGACUUCCUCAUUCGCUUGAGGACAAUCAUGUCUUUCCAUUGAUCUGAGAGUUGAUGUUCCAUUCUGUCGGAGACUUCCACCUUCUCCGUCGCUCCCUCCUUCGUGACAACGACAACCUCUUCCAGAAUCUCAAUCUCAUCGUCUACGUCGAACAGGGAGUAGUCUAGGCCUCCUAAAAUCUUAUCCCUAAAACUCAUAGGGAUAGGAUACGUGUUGUAUUCGCCUCCAAACUUAGGCUUCUUAGACGAUCUGCUUUCAAAUGUAGAAGAGAUAUGUGCUUGUUGAGCUUCCUUAUGUGGCGGUGCUGGCGCUCCGUCACCAUCAGGGUCAAAGUUGGGCGGAGAAAUAUUCAUUUUUGAGAGCAGAAUUUCUAGAGAGAGAAUCUAGAGAAAGACAGUAAAUUGUUGUCUAUUUGGUUUCUUUAGUAUCGAAAUGUUGUCUACCGAUAAAAUUUCAACACAAAAUUAAAUAAGAUGUUUUGGAAUCAUUACGGGUGGCAAGCAUUUGAUAUUCCAUCUACUCAAAAUAGUGAAGCUACUUUAUUUUGAUAUUCCAUCCAUCUCAAAAUGCUAAAACCACAUUUUAGAACCGAAAAUAUAUUACUCUUCUUAAUUUUGUACUUGAAAAGUAAGAAGUAAACAAUGGUAUUAUAAUAUUCCGAAAUGCGUUAAAAAUGCGAAUUCAAGAUAAUAAUUUCUUUAAGGACUGGAGAAGGAUUAUGACAUUUGGUUAAAAAUGGUGCAUUUCAACCUGUGCUUCCUUUCAGGGUGUUCACACUUCACAGCUUUGCCCAAAGGUAAAAAGAUAAUUACAUGGUAAUCAUCGGAGGCAUAGCCGAGUGAGUCAUGAAAGCCACUUCACUCGCCGGCCGUAUUCUUCCUCCGGCACUCCACUCCCGGUCGGCGAUUCUUCGCAACCCAUCAGAUUCAAUCCCGGUUGUUCAUUUCUCCAAGCUCCACACUUCUUUAUUCCCUUGUCGGUGUGAAUUCAGACCCUUUCGUGGUAUCUUCACUGUUUGCUCCUCGAAGUUGCCCUCCGUAGAUUCCAAUGUUGCUGGAAGGGACUCUAACAAUCUCGAAUCCGAGGCUGAUUUUAACGUUGAAGAAGUUAGGAGCUCUGUUGUUCCAGCCAACGUUCCGUCUCCUUCUCUGAGCUUGAGUGACCAGGCUUUCUUUCUCUUGUCCUUUAUUGCUUGCACGACUGUUGCAGCAAUGGUUGGUUUUGUUGCUGCCGCCGUUCCUGCCAUGUUUGCAAUGCGCCGCUCAGCUAUAGCUCUUGCAAAGCUGGCUGUUGAAUUACGCAAAGAGAUGCCUAGCACGAUGGCUGCUGUUAGAGUCACUGGCAUUGAAAUUAGUGAUCUGAUCCUUGAACUGAGUGAACUGAGCCAAGAAAUAUCGGAUGGGGUUAGCAAAUCCACUCAAGUAGUCCAAGCUGCAGAUGCUGGGAUCCGACAGAUUGGCUCUCUUGCUCGGGAACGGACAUUAUGUAUGGUUACAUCUAUUUGGAUUUCGUCCAUUUUGCUGGAAUUUUGUCUUGUUACCUGUUUUAGUUUGAGCCUGGUGUUAACUCUUUAUGUACACAGCAAUGGUUGAGGAGAGGGCAAACUUACCAGAAAUCUCGUUGCAACCUGUCGUCGUUGGAGCUGCAAAGAAGACUUCUAAUGCUGUAGGCAAAGCCACAAGGACAUUACUGAACAUCAUCUCCAGACGUGAACUGAUUUCAGAGAAUGAAGAUAGUGUUACAGAGGAUGAGUUUGAAGUUUAGGAAGGUAUAAGUAAUCUCUAAUCUCUAUAGGUGCCCUCAUGCAUUAGAGGAUCUACCCAACUGCAGAGUUGCCAUAAACGAAGACGCUCAGCACAGGACUGCUUGGGUACUGAAGAACUGCUGAGCUGGGAGGGAUACACGUUGCUUUGAAAAGAUAAUGAGGUCAAAUUGACAAUCAAGUUAGAUUAGAACCACUGCAGUUUUUCGACUUUUUCUGUUCAUAUGCUGUAAUGCGAAUUGAACCAGAAUUUUUGUAUAGACCCUUCUUCAUACUUCGUUUCUGGUUCAUGAGAAUUGAUGUGUAAUGAUUUACUGUCAUUUUAUUUUAUUUUAUUUAUUUAUUUGAUGAAGUCAGUGUUUCAUCUCUCUUUUUAGAAGGCAAAUCUAUCAAACUUGCAGACUUGUAGUGCAUUUUAGGCUGUUUAGAGCUGUUGUUUCAAUAGUUGACACUUGACACUGCGCUGCAGACAUCAUCAAUUGGGA